AUGCAAAGUUGUCCAGGAGCAAAAUUUAACAUGGAUGAAAAGGGGAUUGUUGAGGUGUCUGGAAUAUGCGAUCCGUAUGAAGUGUGGAGAAAGAUAGGACAAUCGAGCCGAAUAGAACCUGUUCGGUUUCAGUAUGGCCAAUGCUCCAGCAACCUCUUCUUCGUUCCAGAGAAUAAUACUAAGAAGGAAAAGAAGAAGGAAAAGGAAUCAUUGGCCGUUGCACCUCAGAUAAACGAUCACAAACAAGAUGAAGGCACCAUUGCUCAUGCUCCGUCUUUACAACAACCGAUCAUCCCUUACAAUAAUUACAACAGCAUUCCACUCCCAUCCCCUUUUAACUAUUAUAAUAACAAUAGAUAUUAUGAUUACAUUUAUAAUCAUCUCCCUUUCAUGUACAAUCUCAAUCCCAAUGGAUUAGGUGGUGGUGAUGGUUAUUCAUAUCAACAAUUCACCAAUCCGUAUUUUGUAAGGACAACACACUAUAGUACUCAUUAA